UGUGGACAACGACUCCCAUUGUUAGGGUGGAGAGACAUGUAUCUUGUCAGAAUAUCCAUAAUCUUUGGAAGCGUUGAUACAAAGGCGUGAUUUGUUAUCCAACGUUUAUUUUGACAUUCAAAUGAUUCCCCUAUGUUAUUUUAAAUGAUCAAAUAAACAUUUUGGAUAAACAAAGAGGUACGGUCGAUCAGCACAGUUCCAGCGCAAAUGCAAGAACGGAAUAUCCCGGCCGUGUAUGCAGGAACCCUCAAUCCUUUCCCUUGAAGCAGUGUGUCAAUCAUUUAAUUUUGUACUGGGAUGCCUUGGUGGACUUCAACUUGGAAAAUUGGACUGGAGGGGACACCCUCUCAUAGCUUAAUCUUUCUGAUGUGUUGCGCCAUACAGUAAGAAACAACAACAUUUAUAGUUGGGACAAAGUAUUUAUUCCCUAUAGAACGAUACGGAGCAGCAUACACUAGUGGUUCUCAGGAUGUCUAUCACCAACACCCCUUCGAGUAAUGAUGCUUGCCUGAGCAUUGUACACAGCUUGAUGUGUCAUAGGCAAGGGGGAGAGAGCGAGACCUUUGCCAAGCGAGCAAUAGAAAGUCUGGUGAAGAAGCUAAAGGAGAAGAAGGAUGAACUGGACUCCCUCAUCACAGCCAUCACUACCAAUGGAGCUCACCCCAGCAAGUGUGUCACCAUUGGGCGGACUCUGGAUGGCCGUCUGCAGGUGGCAGGGCGGAAAGGGUUUCCCCACGUCAUCUACACUCGGUUGUGGAGAUGGCCCGAUCUGCAUAAAAAUGAACUGAAGCACGUGAAAUAUUGCCAGUUUGCCUUUGACCUGAAGUGUGACAGCGUUUGUGUGAACCCCUACCACUACGACCGGGUGGUGUCUCCAGGUAUUGACCUAUCAAGUUUACAACUCACCAGCUCAGCUCCCAGCCUGGGACUGAUGGUAAAAGAUGAGUAUGACUUUGACGGCCAGCCCCCACUGCCCACCAUGGACGGGGGUCAUUCCCUACAGACCAUUCAGCACCCUCCCUCUAGCCGAGGUGGGCCCCCCUCAGAGCCCUUCGGCACCCCUGGCCUGCUGCCCCCCUCUGACGCCAGCACCGCCUCCAGCUCCGCCUUCCCCAGCAUCUCUGUCGGAUCAGGAAAUGCCACCUCCACCUGGGCUAGAAAUAGCAGCUUCACGCCCAACAUGCCUCACCAUCAGAAUGGGCACCUGCAACACCACCCACCCAUGCCUCCUCCAGGACAUUACUGGCCCGUGCACAACGACCUUGGCUUCCAGCCCCCCAUAUCCAACCAUCCAGCUCCCGACUACUGGUGCUCCAUAGCCUACUUUGAGAUGGACGUGCAGGUGGGAGAGACCUUCAAGGUGCCCUCCACUGGCCCCGUCGUGACAGUGGACGGCUAUGUGGACCCGUCGGGCGGAGACCGCUUCUGCCUAGGCCAGCUGAGCAACGUGCACCGGACCGAGGCCAUCGAAAGAGCCAGGCUCCACAUCGGUAAGGGGAUCCAGCUGGAGGGCAAAGGUGAAGGGGACGUGUGGGUGCGUUGCCUCAGCGACCAUGCUGUGUUCGUGCAGAGCUACUACCUGGACCGGGAAGCCGGCCGCGCCCCCGGCGACGCCGUGCACAAGAUCUACCCCAGCGCCUACAUCAAGGUGUUUGACCUGCGUCAGUGCCACAGGCAGAUGCAGCAGCAGGCAGCGACGGCCCAGGCUGCAGCCGCGGCCCAGGCAGCCGCCGUGGCCGGGAACAUCCCUGGACCGGGCUCCGUGGGAGGCAUCGCUCCCGCCAUUAGCCUUUCGGCAGCCGCCGGCAUCGGAGUGGAUGACCUGAGGAGACUGUGCAUCCUGCGCAUGAGCUUUGUCAAGGGCUGGGGUCCCGACUACCCCCGGCAGAGCAUCAAGGAGACCCCCUGCUGGAUCGAGAUCCACCUACACCGCGCCCUCCAGCUACUGGACGAGGUGCUGCACACCAUGCCCAUCGGUGACCCCCAACCCCUGGACUGAACCACCAGCCGGACCCCUCCCCUCCCCUCCACUGUGACGCUUCAGUAUGACAGACCUUAGAAUGAGGACGGACAGAAAAGACACCCCGUUUUACCGCUUCAAGGAAGCAAAGACUUGUUUCUCUUUGCCGUCAUAGUGUCAAGUGUGUCCAGAUCAUGACAUGGAGGCUCUGAUGAAGGAAGGGGGCCACUCAUCAAUCGCCCUGGUGACCUCCGAUUGGUCACUUUUACCAGUGAUCCCAUCUGGUUAACCUCGUAUGGUUAUCCAGAAAAUAGUACUACUAUGGUAAACUAUACUCAGUUUCUUGCUCUACGUGAGAAGAGCAGGUAAUGGUCUCUGCCACUUCGUGUACAGACAGAAACAAGCAUUGAAGGCAAUUUCCAGCAAUACCAUAAUACAUUUUUGGGGUGUUUAUUUUAAUGUGUAUUUUCUGAAAGCAAUUAUUUUGGCCCUUAAUUUGUUUUUCUUCCUUAUCCCCUUGGCUAUUGUAUUGUCCUGAACUAUGGGCGAUAACGGUGGAUAUAUUGACUAUAUUUCAGACCAGAGAGGCAGGUCACUAAGACACCUUCAAUUACAUUCACAUUUGCCCUUUCACUAUAUAGGGGAUGACACACUUUUGUAGGGUAUCUUAUUUCUAAGUUGAAUUAAUUUCCCCCUUAUCUCAUGUACAUAAAUGAAUUGUAGUUUGUUUUAAAUGCACGUGAAUGUUUGCAUAAAUGGUGAGAAGUGAUGGCAACACAUCUUCCCCACAACGGCACAGGUUUUUGUGAUACCUUGAUCUCAGGACAGGACAGCCUCGAAAAGGAGAAAUCAAGUGUGACAUAGACCCCAUCACAGUGUCUGGCUUUGAUCAAGAUCACAAGUCAUCUGUCAUCAUCCGGGUGAUGCUUCCCUUUUCUGUUGUGGUUCUGCACUAACUGGGUUCAUGGUGUUCGUGUGCUGUGAACAAAAACCCCUCAUCUUGUUUCUUUCACCUCCCAUGAUCCCUCUCACACUGCAUGUCACUUUCCUACCAUUUCUGGUUUUGCCUGAUGAGGCUAAGUAUUUUAUAUUUCUGCACACACAAAAUCAAUUUGUUAUAGCUAUGAUACUGAACUGCCAUUUUCUUUCAUGUUUAGUUGCAUCAUCUCCUAAUAACAGGUAAUACACAUUUGGUCAUUGAUUUAGUUAAAAUCAGAUGCUGCAGAAAUGUUGCUGCAAAGCUUGCAGUAUCCCUAGAGAAGAAAGUGAUUUAGGAUAGACUUUUGUUGUUACUGAUGUUUCUCGGCUUCACUGUUUGAGAAGUUAUUCAGGAGAAUAAUUAGCAGAUCAUUAUUAAGGCAACCUUCAUGUCAGAUGAUGGGUUACUGUCUUAGAAGUUUGUUGUGAUACAUUGUCUUGUUGCUUCCCCCCCCCCUAAAUGUUUCACUUUGCUUUUGGGACUGAAGUGUGCUCAAGCUGUGAGUAUCAUGUUUUAAGGAAUUAAUUUUGGACACAUACUUUAGGUACAUGCAACUGCUCGGAUAUCAACAACCUUAAUUGAUUUUGGAACGGUGAUAGUUGUUGAAUUGAUUUUGUCGAUGCCCAAUAUCUUAAGUUGCAUUCUUAGGCCAAUACACAUGUUUGUAUGAGUUGCAGUUUUACCAUAGGAUCCUGGAGAAACAAGCUAAAUGAGUUGCUGAUAAUUGGACAAAUGGUAAUUACAUAUUUCUUUUGUGAAACUAUUAAAAAUGGCCUGAUACUUUA